UCCAAAUCAAAGAUUAAUUAAUGUAAAUUGGGAUGAUUCAUUUAAUAAGAUGUUUCCUUUCUCCAUUCAAAAUCCAAUUGUUCGUUUUGAAAGCAAUUUUAGACCUGGACAAAUAUUUACUUGGGGUUAUUAUAGAAUUAUUUACUAUGUCGAAGAUUCUUUUGGUUAUUGGGAUUCUUGUGAGUUUAAUAUUAUCAUUUCUCCAAAUAAAUGUCAAUUACCUUCAAAUAAUUCAAAAAACAAUAAUUUAACAAUUUUUAUUUUAAACAAAAUGGAUUUGAAAGAAAAUUCUGAAGCAGAAUUUAAUGCAAAAUUAUUUUGUAAAAAUAAUGAAUAUAUUUUUAAAAAACAACAACCAUUUUAUAUUUGUGAUAGAUUGGGGAAAUGGAAUCAUUGGGAAAAUAUAGGAAUUCCUUUUGAAUUUCCUUCAUGUUCUUCUACAGAAAAUGUUUUACAAGAAAUUGAGGGGAAUUUAAAUUUUAAUGGUUUUUGCUCUAAUUAUAAUGAAUAUCAAGAUGAAAUUGUUUGUUAUUAA